AUGCUAUCUCUUUAUCUCUCUAACGGGCAAAGCCCUAAUCUAACCCCACUAGUGCCUCACCUCCUUUGCCGUCGCCGUCCUUGUCGCUGUCGAGUCGUCCUCGCCGUCGUUGUCCCUGUUGCUGUCGAGUCACCGGCGUACACAUGGAAGUCUAUAGAACUAGGGAAGAUUCUCCAGAAGAGGAGGAUCAAUAUAGCGUGUCUCCAGGAGACUAGAUGUGGGGGCACUAGGGCACGUGAGGUUAACGGGUAUAAAUUGUGGUACGCAGGGGGAGCUGGGGGAACUAGGGGCAAGAACGGGGUAGGUAUCUUACUAGAAAGGGAUCUCAGGGAGCUGGUGGUUGAUGUUAAGAGGGUGAACGAUACAUUGAUAGUUAUUAAGCUAGUGGUUGGUGGGCUCACUUUAAGCGUGGCUAGUCAUACGCACCACAAGCGGGAUUGGGGGGAGGAGGUCAAGAGGCAAUUCUGGGAGGAUUUAGAUGAGGUGGUGCGUGGUAUUCUGCACACCGACAAGAUUUUCAUAGGAUGUGAUGUUAAUGGCCAUAUUCACGAGAUGACUAAGGGCUAUGAUGAUGUGCAUGAAGGGUUCUAUUAUGGGGUUAGUAAUGAAGGAGGUUCUUCGUUGCUGGAUUUUUCUAGAGCCUUUGAUUUGGUUUUAGCUAACUCGUGCUUUCAGAAGAGGGAAGACCACUUUGUCACGUUCCAGAGCGUGGUGGCCAAUACUCAGAUUGCUUACUUACUCUACAAGAUGAGGGAUAGAGAUUUUGCACUUAUUGCAAGGUUAUUCCGAAUAUGGGAGCUUGGAAGAAGUUGUGGGGACGCGAGUAGUAUGUGGACAUCGACAACGAACUGCAUUAGGGAAGCUGCUAGGGCGGUGUUAGGGGUCACAAAGGGUUUCUCCAGGGGCCGCAAAGGUGACUGGUGGAUUAAUGGAGAGGUCCAACGUAAAGUAGAAGCCAAGAAAGAUGCGUAUAUGAAGCUAGUGGAGAAUGCCGACAAGGAAGAAAGGAGGAAGCUUAGGGAGUGA